AUGUUUCCAGAAGUUAUUCAUGAUGACGGGGACCUGUCAGAUCUGGGAGUCAUCUUAUCAGAGUUCCCCCUACUCCCUGAGUUGGCCAAAGCCCUGCUGGCCUCGUGCGAGUUUAACUGUGUGGAUGAGAUGCUCACCCUCGCUGCCAUGCUCACUGCUGCCCCUGGGUUUACUCAUCCUCCACUCUGUGCAGAGGAAGCUGCCUUGCGUCGAGCACUGGAACAUGCAGAUGGUGAUCACAGCUCUCUGAUCCAGGUGUAUGAAGGCUUUAUACAGAGCGGAGCAGACAAGACUUGGUGCCUGGCUCGGGGCCUGAACUGGAAAGCAUUGUGCCAAGCCCGGAAGCUUCGAGGAGAACUCCUAGAACUCAUGCAACGAAUUGAACUUCCCUUGUCCCAACCAGCCUUUGGCUCUGAGCAGAAUCGCAGAGACCUUCAGAAAGCACUGGUGUCAGGAUACUUCCUUAAGGUGGCCCGAGACACAGAUGGGACUGGAAAUUACCUGCUCCUAACACAUAAGCAUGUGGCCCAGCUCUCUCCAUACUGCUGCUACCGAAGCCGCAGGGCUCCAGCCGGGCUGCCACCGUGGGUGCUCUACCACAGUUUCUCCAUUUCCAAAGACAACUGCCUUUCCAUUGUUUCUGAGAUUCAACCACAGAUGUUGGUGGAGUUGGCCCCUCCAUACUUCCUGAGUAACUUGCCCCCCAGCGAGAGCAGAGACCUCCUCAAUCAGCUGAGGAAAGAAAUGGCAGCUUCUUCUACAGGGAGUGAAUCCUCCUCCACCCAAGAACUAGGGGAUGCCUGUGUUCUGCAAUGACCCGCCUAAGGAAUGGAGCUGAGCUCGUCUCAUGGUAUUAGAUCCUCUCUCAGGCUAGUACUAAGGCAGCCAGCCAGACUUAGAAGCCCAAAGUUUAGGGUCUAAUGGAAACCCUGGGAUGUGAGUCUCAAGAGACAGUGGGCUGGGAGUGGAAGGAAUCAAGUAAGCCACAGUCUACAUAGGGUAGGACCCUUCCUUAGCCUUCUUCUAUUUAUUGGAGGGGGACUGAUAUACCCCCAUACCCCAAAUUAUGUCAAAACCUAUCCUUGUGUUCCCUUUUGGUCUAUAAAAGUUCUUUUUCUGUG